UUAAAGAAAGGCGCCUGAAGCCACCAGCGGGAAGCGAAGGAGAAGUGGAUGAAUGGAGUGGGCGAGGUCGAGCUUCUUCUCCGGCAAUUGCCUCCUUCCUCUGCUUCCGGCGACCCCCAAGUCCUCUAAACCAAGCCCCCUUCGCUCCUCUGUCAGCCCAGACCCCUGGUCCCUCAGCGACGGCCUCAACAAACCCAAACCCAGAUCCAAGAACCCCAAGAACCCCCUCUCCGACGACAACGCCCGUCGCAUCAUCAAAGCCAAGGCUCGUUACCUCAGCGCCUUGCGCCGGAACCAGGGGUCGCGCGUCCAGACGACUAAAUGGAUCAAGCGUACCCCUGAGCAGAUGGUCCGGUACUUGCAGGAUGACCGGGAUGGGCACCUCUACGGCAAGCACGUCGUCGCCGCUAUCAAGACGGUCAGGGCCUUGGCGGAGAAGCGAGAAGGCGAGUACGACAUGAGGAUGGUGAUGAGCGGGUUCGUGAGCAAGCUGACUUUUAGGGAGAUGUGCGUGGUCUUGAAGGAGCAGAAGGGUUGGAGACAGGUCAGGGACUUCUUUGCUUGGAUGAAGCUUCAGUUCAGUUACCGUCCCAGCGUGAUCGUCUACACGAUCGUUUUGCGCAUGUAUGGACAAGUCGGGAAAAUCAAACUCGCCGAGCAGACCUUCCUGGAGAUGCUUGAAGCAGGUUGUGAACCUGACGAAGUUGCUUGCGGCACUUUGCUAUGUACUUAUGCACGAUGGGGACGCCACAAGGCUAUGCUGUCAUUUUAUUCUGCUGUGGAGGAGAGGGGAGUCAUGCCUUCUGUUGCAGUUUUCAACUUUAUGCUGUCCUCCCUGCAGAAGAAGUCACUCCACCAAAAUGUCGUAGACUUGUGGAGGAAAAUGGUGGAUAAAAGGGUGGCUCCAAACGGCUUCACUUAUACAGUCGUAAUCAGUUCUCUCAUCAAAGAAGGUUGCGGUGAUGAAGCUUUGCAAACUUUUUAUGAGAUGAAGAAUGCUGGUUUUCUCCCUGAGGAAGUUACCUAUAGCCUGCUCAUAAACCUUUGUGCCAAAAAUGGCAGUUGGGAUGAAGCAAUCAAUCUUUAUGAAGACAUGAGAUUUCUGAAAAUUAUCCCGAGUAAUUAUACUCGUGCUUCACUUCUCACUCUAUGUUAUAGAAAAGGAGACUACUCCAGGGCACUUGCACUGUUCUCGGAAAUGGGAAGGCAUAAAGUUGGUCCUGAUGAAGUGAUCUAUGGGUUGCUCAUUAGAAUAUAUGGAAAACUUGGACUCUAUGAGGAUGCUGAGAAUACUUUUAAAGAAAUUGAGCAUCUGGGCCUACUUACGGAUGAAAAAACGUAUUUAGCUAUGGCGCAGGUCCAUCUUAGUUCGGGAAAUGCUGAGAAAGCUCUGAAUGUCAUUGAACUGAUGAAGUCUAAGGAGAUUUGGUUCUCCAGAUAUGCUUACAUUGUGUUGUUGCAAUGUUAUGUCAAAAGACGAAAUUUAGAUUCUGCCGAAGGUGCCUUUCUAGCUUUAUCGAAAACUGGAUUACCCGAUGCAGGUUCUUUUAACGACAUGCUCAAUUUGUAUAUAAAUUUGGACCAGACAGAAAAGGCCAAGGAGUUCACCUUCCAGAUAAGAGAAGACCUAGUCAAAUUUGACGAGGAACUUUUCAAGACCAUUAUUAGAUUCUAUUGCAAAAAUGGAAUGAUAAGCGAGGCUGAGCAGUUUGCUCAAGAAAUAGGUGGAGUUGGAUCUUUUGCAGAUAACAAAUUUGUGCAAACAUUUUACCGGAUCAUUCAUGGACUAUAUAAAGGACAGGAGAAACAUGCGAAAAGUACUGUGAUUCCUGAUCUUUUUGACUCGAUGGCUCUAGGGCUGAUGCUUACUCUGUACUUAGCUGAUGGUAGUUUGAGGAACACGGAGUACAUCUUGAAGCUGUUGCUUGAAACUGCUGAUGGACUGUCAAUAGCCAGUAAACUCAUUGGAAACUUUGUAAGAGAAGGUGACAUUUCUAAAGCAGAAGCUUUAAACAGUCACUUGAUAAGGCUGGGUUGUAGAGCAGAGGAUGAAGCAGUUGCUUCAAUGAUUAGCUGGUACGCAAAAGGAGAAAAGCUGGACAAGGCUGAAGCUAUAUUUUUGAAAGCGGAUUCUCCUUUGUCUGGGAAACUAGUAUUUAAGUGUAUGAUUGAUGCAUAUGCCAAAUCUGGUAGACCAGAGGAUGCAUAUUUGCUAUACAGAAAAGCAACUGAGAAAGGCCAUGAUCUUGGUCCUGUUACAAUCAGCAUCAUUGUGAAUGCUUUGACUAAUGUUGGAAAGCACCAAGAAGCAGAGGAUAUAGUUCGGAAGAAUUUGCAGGAGAGUCCAGAACUUGAUACUGUGUUGUUCAAUACAUUUAUCAAGGCGAUGCUGGAAGCUGGAAAACUUAACUUUGCAGAAAGCAUAUAUGAGCAAAUGCUUUCUCUCGGGGUUGCUCCAUCAAUUCGAACCUUUAACACCAUGAUCAGUGUUUACGGACGAGGUGGCAAGUUGAAUAAAGCUGCAGAGAUGUUUGGCACAGCACGCGGCUUGUCUUUGCCUCUGGAUGAGAAGGCAUAUAUGAAUCUGAUUGGCUUUUACUGCAAGGCUGGUGGAAGACAAGAAGCUUCCCUUCUAUUUGCCAAAAUGAAGGAUGAAGGUAUUAAACCGGGAAAGGUUACCUACAAUGCCUUGAUAAACUCAUGUGCAUCUGCUGGAUGGUAUGAAGAAGCAGAGGAACACUUCCAGGCCAUGCAGAGGGAUUGUGUUCUACCUGAUUCUUUCACGUACCUGUCCCUUAUUCGAGCCUAUGCAGGGAGUGCGAAGUUCAUCGAAGCAGAGGAAACCCUAAAGUCUAUGCAGAGAGAAGGAAUUUCCCCCUCUUGCGCUCAUUACAACCAAUUGGUGUCUGCAUUGGCAAAGGCAGGUAUGAUUAGAGAAGCGGAAAGAGUGUACGAAGAAAUGCUGGAGAAUACUGGCUUAAGCCCCGAUCUCGCAUGUCACCGCACCAUGUUAAGGGGUUAUUUGGACUGUGGAUGUGUCGAGAAAGCAAUCACUCUUUUUGAAAAGAUACGGGAGCAUGUUGAAGCGGACAGGUUUAUGUGGAGUGCAGCUGUUCAUUGUUAUCGGUCUGCAGGAAUGACGGAAAAAGCGGAAGCUACAUUGAAGACAAUGAAGAACAUGGGGAUCACAUUCUGGUCUUUAAAGUGGGGUCACAGUUAAAAAGUAUUGAGAGAGGACGCAGAUUCUAUUAUGGAGAGGGGGAGGGAGAGAACUAAGUAUUUUCCGACAUGCCUAAUGAUGGCAGCCAUCCACCGCGAUCGGGAUUAUGGAUGAUAUGUUGACUACCAAACACGUGAGCUGGAAUCUUGAGGAGGAGGAUGAGCAACAAGUGCUCAAGAACCAUUACAAUUCCCGUCCCGUCUUGUUUUAUCCUAUCUAGUUAAAUGGAGAAGAGGUGAUCCGAAGUGGACUGGGCACCUUAUGAAUCUCGAUAUAUGAUGAGUUGGGCUGUCAUGUUUCUCCCCUUCUUUUUCUCGAGGAGAUGUUCCUCUCUCUUCAUUCCUCCCUCCCUCCAUGUAAAUUCCAUUCAAUGUCGAGAAGAAACACACGACAAU